AUGGCAUCGCUGAAACUGCUGCUCACUCUGGCCUUGGCCCUUGCUCCACACAUCAACUCAGUUGAAGGGAUCAGCUGUUUUAGUUGUACCGGCUCCUGCGCAUCGCAAAAGCCACAGAAAUGUCCUGAUGGAGAAACGUGCAUCUCUGUGAAGACGAUUGUGAAUAAGAAUGGUGUUGUAAACUUCGAGAGCUACAAAGGCUGCGCCGGAACCAGUCUGUGCCCGUCCCCUGGCCCCAAAAACUUCUCCAUAAACUUCGGAACAGAAUCAGUUCUUGGACGGGCCGAGUGCUGUGACGAGAACAACUGUAAUGGUGCAGAGGCUUCAAGUCCGGAGAUCCCUGGUCCCGGGUCCCUGCAGUGCUUCAGAUGUGACCCGCUCACCAACAAUUGUAACACAUCGUUGAACUGCAGUGUUUUAGAGACCGGCUGCUUCCAGUCCACAUUGACUCCCUCUGACUCCAUGGUCUCUGGGCCGGCUCAUGGGUGCUCCUCUGUCAACCUGUGUUCUGCUCUGGGCCCGUCCUAA